UCGUGUUUUCCCCGGUAUUUCAGAGUACAGUCUUCCUCUGUCAAGGUGUGGUUCUCGAAAUCCUUGUUGUUUUCCUGCAACCGAGUACGGUGCGUGGCGUUCACUUGUCGUGCGAGUAUCUCGCCUACGAUACGUUCCUCUAUAUUGUGUAUAUAUAUAUAUAUAUGUAUAUAUAACGAAAUACUGGAAAAAUGUGUAUAUGAGAAACAUCGAUCAAUGGCCGCGUUGUGUUGUGUCGGUUUCAAAGAGACCAAUUUGUGAAAGUUCUCUUACUCUUCGUAGGCUCUGUAAUUAUCGCCAGUAACGUUACUUUUAGUUUCCUCGUCACGUAUAAAUUCAAGUGUGAAGAAAACGCGCCAUUUUGAUUGGUCCUUUCCGCGAGUGCCUCGACAAUUUUUCGAAUACACAGUGGUUUUCUUUUCCAAGUUUUUGUUUUCUUCGAGAGUCAAGUUAGUAUAUUUCACGUCGGAAUGUUGUAAUUACGAUUCGCUGAAAUCUCGUUAAAUCUGGGAACGCUUCGCGGGAAUUUUCUUAUAGGAGCCGAGUACAAUAAACGUUUUUGCGAAUUCUUGUGUGUUUGUUUGUUUUUUUGAGCUCGUCGUCUGCCACGGUAGAAAACGUUGGGAACCUGUCAGAAGUUGAGAAGAUGAGGCCACUGCUGGUAACGAGCUGUGCGCUCUUGUUGAUAAACUUGGCCAACGGCUACCCGAGUGGCGCACCAGGUAGCGCAUGCUCGAGUUUGGUUCCUCGACACCCCGGUGGCUCGGUACAAGCCUCGUACCCGCCGUAUCAAGUGUUAGCGGCUGCCGGUCAGGGCAGAAUCCGGUUGACCCUUGGCAGCCCCCAAGGUCUCCCUUACGAGGGUUUCAUCCUCGUCGCGAGGGACACACAAACUGGCGAAUACGUCGGAGAGUUCGCUAACUUGCCGGAAGGCGCGCAGUAUCUGGAGUGCACGCCGGGCUUGCGGAAUGCCGUGACUCAUACGGACAAGCAGAAAAAGCAGAAUCUCGAGUUCGAGUGGGAAGCUCCGAACGAGUACGAAGGCACCAUCAUAUUCAACUCAACUUUUCUGCAAGAUUACGAAACUUAUUGGGUCGGCAUUGAAUCCCCAAGAAUAACGGUUCUCCGAGGAUCCAUCGAAGUCAUGUCCACGACCCCGCUUCCUGGCGGUAAUGGAUUCUCCGUGUCCAAUCCAGCGACCCCCUCUUAUUUCGACCAAGAACGUAUCGGACAACGACCAGUAGCGGAGGAUUCCAAGGACGACGUGUUCUACGAUGGCUGCGGGGAAACAAAAAAUUGUUUGGGUUCCAGCCCGGGCUGCUUGAGGAGCAAGGACUGCAUCGCCGUCGUUUCCGUCCUUGUUCGCGGCGAAGAAUAUAUUUUUGAGCUUAUGACCCAACAGGGAAAAUGGGUCGGCGUCGGGCUUUCCAACGACAGCAAAAUGGGCGACGAUCAGGUUGUCGAGUGUACGAACGAGGGCGGUACAGUUGGCCUCUACAUGUCGGAAAACAUUGAUAAGAGAAAUACGAGAAUUGGAAUCCCUGACGGGGCGGUCAGAAUGCUCGAGAGUUCAAUCCGCGAUGACGUAAUAAGGUGUAAAUUUGUUAGAAACAGAGAGACCCGAGUCCAAGGUCGUUUGUACGAUCUCUCGAGAGAGCCGUACAAUUUAUUGUUGGGCGCUGGAUCGCAGCUCAAAGCUCAAGGAAUCGGGUAUCACGACAUCAUAAAAACGGCAUCGGCCCAAGCCAAGAUGCUCUCGGACGUUGGAGAAUUGAAGGCGGCGAGCGAUCUCUACAUUCGAAUUCACGGUGGUUUGAUGCUCGCUUCUUGGAUUGGCACAGCAUCCAUCGGGAUUCUUCUCGCCCGAUAUUAUAAACAGACCUGGGUGAAUUCUCCCAUUUGUGGCAAGGAUCAAUGGUUCACUUGGCACAGAUUUUUCAUGCUAGCGACUUGGUCGAUGACGCUAGCAUCGUUUGUCUUGAUAUUCGUUGAGAUUGGUGAAUGGAGUACGGAAACGAUUCACGCGUCGCUCGGCGUCGCGACGACGCUUCUUUGCUUCAUUCAGCCAUUUAUGGCUGCGAUGAGGCCUCAUCCCGGUGCUCCCAAGAGAUCCCUCUUCAACUGGUUCCACUGGUUCGUUGGAAAUGCAGCGCAUAUCUGUGCCGUCGUCGCUAUUUUCUUCGCUGUAAGAAUGACCAAGGCCAACUUGCCCGAGUGGUUCGACUGGAUUCUCGUUGCCUACGUUGUUUUCCACGUUCUCAGUCAUCUUAUACUCACGUUCGCCGGAUGCGCAUCCGACAGACAGGAUAAUUUAAGAAUCAACGCUUUCCCCAUGAAGGAUAUGCACACUCGAUCUUCCAUGGGUCAUCCGGACGCGAGACGAGACGCUCCGCACUCGGGUCUGAGGCAAGUGAUCUUUGGAAUAUACGCCUUCGUGAUCGUGCUUUUCGCUGCUGUGCUUGUCGUAAUAACGGUGUUAGCCCCGAUCGAGGACACCUGGAGCAGUUUCACAGACAAAAUCGCCAAUUAUUAAGGAUCCCAGUAUCGAGAUAGAAUUAUCUUUCACUACUCACCGGACCGCAAAGAAGAAUCUCAAAUUGAAAGGAAAGAGAUUACGAGAAUUUGUAGAUAAAACGACGCUUGCGUUACGCCGUUAUGAAAAUAAGCUGAGGAAAACUAACGCGCGAGAAUAAUCGUUGAAACGAUAAAACGUACCAUAGAAUAUCGGGUGCUAUCGAAAAUUUCGUCUCUCCACUCAUUCUCCCUUCCUUUUUUAAAACUCAUUUAAAUUAUCAAUUGAGAUCCUCGAAAUGAAAGUAGCGUGUAUAGAAAAAUGCAUACCAUACUAGUGAGUGGAAUCGUGGAAUAAUUAAUCGCUCCAGAAUUUUAUGUUCCAUUCGCCCGAAUCUCAUUUUUUUUAAUUUUAUACCCCAUCCUUUUUCAUCCAAUUAUUUAACCAACUCGCUCGAGCUGAAAAGUCGAUAGCAUCGGAAACGCAUUUUUUUAGUUCGAGAUUACUUUGGCCAGUUUUCGAAACUGCUCGCCUUCGUUUCUCCUCUCGAAGGGCAAAUGCUGAACGAAAGGAAAAUAACAUUUCCGACUCAUGAUGUUGAAAUUCUAAAUCCACUCGAACGAAAAGGUCAAAGUCAAAAACAUCUCGCUUCCUAGAAAUGCCCCACAUUUGCGCAAAUAUAUAUUUACAGACAUAAUUUUGUCUCAUACUCGCCUUUUUACCGUGUACAUUUUGUUAAUGCGUCACGUGCAAAUUGCUCAGAGCUUUACCCGUUCAUUUUGUCGCGUUUCCGCGACAAUUAUUGUUAAACAAUCAGAGAAUCUCUGAAAAAUGUUCAGUCAAAAAUCAUUACGAGAUUAUUCGUUUUUCUACGAACGAAUUCAACGAAUUUAGUGCCUGCCAUUUUGGCUUUCCAAAAGCUGACUGAAACUUUUUAAUUUUUUAGUACGAACCAAUGUUUUCAUCGAGCGUGAAUAAAAAUCGAGGAUUUUACGCAUAGAAUGUAACGCGUUGUGUGGUAACGACAACGAAUGUAUUUCCGGCGUGUGCGUAUUCGUUCCGACGAUAAAACAAUAUAACCGCACGUGAAAAUUUAUUUAUCAUUCAAUAUAUAACAAAUGAUACGGAUAAAAAUUUAUAUUUUUCAUCAAGUUGCAGUAUUAAACAAAGGAAAAGAGUGAAAUUGAUGAAAAAUGUAAAAUAAAAAGCUUGUACAACGAGAAA